GUCCAGGCGGACGGGACGGACGGGAACUGCGUCACGUUCGUGUUGCAUGACGAGGACCACACGCUGGGCAACUCCCUCCGGUACAUGGUCAUGAAGAACCCUGACGUGGAGUUCUGUGGCUACUGCAUCACACACCCCUCUGAAAGCAAAAUCAACUUCCGAAUCCAGACCAGAGGGGCCCUUCCUGCUGUCGAGCCGUUCCGGAAAGGGCUGAAUGACCUGAUGGGUGUUUGCCAACACGUGCUCAACACCUUUGAGAGGAGCGUGAAGGAAUACAGGGCCCAGAGGGAGGAAGAGAUGCAGUAG